AUGGCCGACUUUGGCACUCCAGAACAAAUGGCCGCGUCUAUGCAACAAAUGCAACAGCAGAUGCAACAGAUGCAAGUGUUACAGCAAACAAUCGCAGCGCAGCAACUGGCUGCACAGCGGGAACCACCUGUCCCAAUUGUUGAAAUACCGAUGGAACACAUUGAAGCUUUUGAAGAGAUAUGCAGUUUCACUCGUGCAAACGGCGUUCCACCCGAUUACAUCAAAUGCAUGAUGUUCCCAUUCUCUCUAGCAGACAAGGCUUCACGAUGGCUUAAGUCAUUACCUACAGGUUCCCUAACCUCUUGGGAACAGGUUAGAGCAGCUUUCUUGGGAUACUUCUACACGAAAGCCAAAACAGCUGCCCUAAGGAACAAGAUUUCCUCCUUCAAGCAACUCUCUAGUGAACCUUUCAACGAAGCUUGGGAACGGUUCAAUGAUACCCUCAGAGAGUGUCCUCAUUACGGGUUCGACGAUGACCAUGUUCUAGGAAUCUUCUAUGAUGGAGUGGAAUGGGAGUUCCGCAAUGCUCUGAACGCAGCGAGCAAUGGAUAUUUCAUGACUCAAACCACAGAAGGAGCUCACGCGCUAAUAGAGAACAUGGCAGCUAGUUCAUCCAACAAAAACGUGGAGACUGACCGUUCCAAAAAGGUGAACAACAUGGACACUAGGAAGAUUGAUGACCUCGCCGCUAAGGUCGAUCUGCUGCUCAAGCACAAUCAGAAUCAGAUCUAUAUCAUGGAAGAAAUCAAUCUGGAACCAGGUACUACAGAUGUUGCAGCAGAAACCGAGACAUCAGAAGAAGAUCAGCAAGAGGUCAGUUACGUCAAUGGGCAGGGUUGGCAGUUCAAAAACUACCAUCCAAAUCCUAAUGUGAGGAACAAGACCAAUCCAGACAACCCCAACGACAGAUCUCAGGGAAAUCAGUUCCAAAACACUGGAUAUCAGAAGCCAUACUUCCAGAAUCAGAAUCAGAAUGGGAAGAUGUUCAUCCUCAGCCAGGCUCAAAAUCAAUUUCAGUACCGGCAAAAUAAUCCACAGGCUGCUCCUACAACCGCGAGCGGUCUGCCAGAUGAGCUGAAGGGAAUGAUGCAACAACUUCUGCAAGGUCAACAGAUUCAAGAAAAAGCACUAAACCAGGUUACAACCGAGAUAAACACUCGGAUGGACAACAUGUUCACGAAAUUGAAUUCCAAAUAUGAUGCUGUAGCAAGCCACAUAAGGCAUAUGGACGUUCAGAUUGCUCAAACUGCUAAAACAAUAAAAAGGCAACAAGGAACACUCCCAGGGAAAACAUACAAGAAUACCCAGGACUGUAACGCAGUCGAGCUGAGAAGUGGAAGACAUCUAUCAGAUCCUGUCCCCAAGAAGCUCACUGCUCAAGAGAAGGGAAAACAGAAAGAGGGAGAACCACCUUCGCUUGAGGAUGUCCACGAUGACGAUCAUGAACUGGAACAGCCAACAACUGCAGAACCAUUAGCCCCCACGAUGCAAGAUCAACCUGUUCCAACUCGCGUCUACAUCCAGUCCCUGCUAAGAAAUCACGCAAGGAUUGCGAAGAGAUGA